CAGCAGAGUGUCGAAGAUUACUUUAGCAGUCUCUCCCCCGACCGAAAGUUUUGCCAACGACAAGCUCUCGUGUGUGUUUGUGCUGCACGUCUCAGCUUUCUCUUUUGUAUUCAACACACACUAUUUGUGAUUUGCAUUUGCAUUUCUUAGAAAGAAGUAAGGAAAAAGAAAAAAAAGAGAACGGUAUGGAUGAAAUUGAUGGACUCGGUCAACUCACGGAUUACCGCCGACUGUGUAGUGAUCUCACUCUCCAGACCAAAAAGGAAGGAUUCUUUAAGGAUUAUCUUUCGGCGAUUGUUGAACAAGUCAGCGAUGAGGAGUUUGAAGGAUUCACCAAACAGCAAACGGAUCGCGAUCGCGUGGUUUACUGCUGGACACUUCCGGCCCUACACAAAACGAUGAAGAGCUUCCGGCCGUCGUACCGUGGCAAAUCGGCCGACGAGUCGAUCAAACGACGUGAGCAAGGCAACGAAGCUUUCAGGGAGAAAGAUUAUCGCAAAGCCCUGGUCAUGUACAAUCAGAGCGUCGUCUACGCUCCUUACAGUUCGUUACUGGAGAAAACGACUCUGGCAUUGGCGCUGGCCAAUCGCUCGGCCGUUCUGGUUCACUUGAAGGAAUUCGCAUUGGCCAUCCGGGACAUCCAGUUGUCGCUGCAGUCCAACUACCCGGAGAAACAACGGUACAAGCUGUACGAUCGAAUGGGCUACUGCCACCAACAGCUGGGCGAGACGGCCAAAGCCCGGCUGGCCUUCACCAUCGCCUUGGAUUGUCUCGAGGAAAGCGAUCUGGAGCCAGCGGCGCUGGACAACUGGCGCCAAACUGUGGAAAAGAGUCGAGCUAAAUUACCAUCCAAUAAUCCAUCAAACAGCAACAACAACAACAACAACAGCAACCACUCCACAGCCAAUGCAAAUGCCACCAACGCCUUGCCCGAAUUGGUGUCCGGGGCCAAUUCAAAUAUCCCCAAUGCAUCAAAGAGUCUGGCCAUGGAAGUGGACGACAAUUCGGGCCGGUAUUACGUGGCAGCCGACGAUAUCAAACCGGGUCAGACGCUCGUCUGCGAGAAACCCUACGCUGCUUGUCUCCUUCCUGGAAAGUUCACCAGCCACUGCCAUCAUUGUUUCGUCAGAUUGAUCGCUCCGCUGGGAUGCCUCACUUGCCGGGGGGUUUUCUAUUGCAGCGUCGAGUGUCGUGAUGAAGCCGCUUCGACUUACCACCAAUACGAAUGUGGGAUCAUCGAUUAUAUGAUCGCCUCGGGUUCUUCGAUCCUGUCCUGGAUCGCCUUGAGGAUUUUGACGAAAGGGAAGAUGGAAGAUUUCCUGGAGGCUCGCGAGGAGCUGGAAAAAGACGGAGACGGCGGGCGACUGCUCGCUUCCGCCCGGAAUCCGGACAGUUACAGCGGCAUUUAUCAUUUGGCUACGCUGUCCCACCUGCGGUCGGACAAGGACUUUUUCGACCGCACUUUUAUGGCGCUGUUCCUCUUCCAGUGUCUCAGAGCUUCCGGUUACCUGCAGACGCGCUUCCGCUACGAAGAAGAUUCCCUCAACAUCACCGAGGACGAGAUUUACUUCGCUUCUUUGCUCCUGCGGCACUUGCAGUUGCUCCAGUUCAACGCUCACGAAAUCCACGAAUUCGUGCAAUUGAACGAAAAGAAUAUGAGAAGCACGAAAACGGUUUACAUUGGCGUGGGCAUUUAUCCGACGGUCGCCUUUUUUAAUCACAGCUGUCGACCGGAUGUUGCGAGGUACUUCCUGGGAACGACGAUGGUGAUCACAUCGACCCGUUGCGUCAAACGCGGCCAAAUGGUGGCCGAGAACUACGGGCCGAUUUUCACGCACAAGCAUCUGACGGACCGCCAGCAGAGUUUGCAGGGCCGUUAUUGGUUCAACUGCCAAUGUCUGGCCUGCCAAAACGACUGGCCCGUCUACGACGGGAUGACUGAUAUGGAAACGAUCCUGACCUGCUGCCCGCUGUGUCGCGGGACCGUUCAAUCCGUCAACGACUCCUACGCCCGCUGCCUCAAGUGCAAGAAGCAAUCGCUGUGGGAGGCCAUCCGCCGGCCGGUGGCGGAGAUCACGACGCUCUACCAGACGGCCAUGCGAUUGAUGGACCUGGGCCAAGUGGAAAAAGCCAUCCGGGUCCUCGGCGUCUACAUAGAAAUGAUGGAGACGCUGGUGGCAGACGUUCCGGUCCGUGAACUCCUCCUGGCGCAGGAAGCCCUCCGCCUCUGCCUGGGCACUUACGGGACCAAAUACUGCGCCACUACCCAUUUGACGAUGAAAGCCGUGACCAACAACACGACGAAAUAAAUUUUAUAAUGGACAAGAGUGUCCAGCAGCUGCUGUUGCCAGUCAAAACUUUAUUUUAUUUGUUGUGGUUCUACAACAUUUUUUUUUAGUACUACCGUCAUAUAAAAUGGAAGUUGGCAUUCAAUGCAA